AUUUCGAAAGCCUUAUGCCUUGUGGUGAGAGAGCACCAACGAGAAUACACACUGAAGGCAGACAUUCACGUAUACACACACACACACACAGACGGAUCUGAAGCUUGAGGAGAGACACGCGUUCACAAUGGUGGCGGAGCCUCGUGGUGGAGAAGCGAGUGGCGAAGAGGAACACAUCGAUGUGUGUGAGGAGGAGAAGACAGAGGAGAAGAACUCACACAAUCAGUUCAACCGGGAAAUGGCGAGUUCUGAACUGACCAAUGGGAGCGCAGAGGACACCAAGUCUGGCCAAUCGGAGAACGAGGAGAGGGUGUUUAUCAUGAACCUGUACCGGUUUAUGAAGGAAAGAGGCACACCCAUCGAGAGAAUUCCUCAUCUCGGCUUUAAACAGAUUAACCUGUGGAAAAUCUACAAGGCUGUAGAGAUACUUGGAGGCUAUGAGUCGGUGACGACCCGGAGAUUGUGGAAGAACGUGUACGAUGAGUUAGGGGGCAGUCCGGGCAGCACCAGCGCCGCCACCUGCACUCGCAGACAUUAUGAAAGGUUAGUUCUACCUUACGAGAGGCAUCGGAGGGGGGAGGAAGACAAGCCACUUCCUCCAUCGAAACCUCGUAAACAGUACAAGCGAAGUGAAGAUGGCAAGGGCAAAACCGAGAGCAAGAAAAGACGGAGGGCAGACGGAGACGAUCCUGAGGAGCUCCUGAGAGUCAGUCACCCGUGUCAGAGAGUAGUGUGGCCGGUUUCUUCUGAGCAUUCGGAUAAUGACCAGGUCUCAUCUCAAGACAUGUGCCUCAGAGAGAAGCCUCUUCUUCAGCCGCUAGUCCCCGCACUUGUCAUCUCCCCUCUGGAGAAGAAGAAGCGUCUGGCGCAGGCUAGUUUGAGCGUAGCUCCCCCUGCUGGCCUGGAGGAUGGAACAGAGCCUGAGAGACCCUCAGUGAUUCACCUGUCACAUUCAUCCACGCCUUCUGGACGCAUAAGCCACGCAUCUGACAGCUCGCCCUUGCCUCUGUCCUCCCCCUCACACUCACGGAGCCCUUCCCCUUUCUCCGUGUCCUCUGAGGACUGCGUGGCCGUUCCCACCCAGAAGACGCCAGCUCCAGAAACAGAGAAGCAGAAACCGGCAUGCUUCAGAGCUUCUCCCGAAUCUAUCGGGCGCGUCUGCCAGCCUUUACCCAUCGUCCAUUACCCCUGCCCCAAAGAUGCGUCCUCUCUGCCACGCCCACUCUACCACAACUUCCUUAACCUAUCAUCCACACACACAGACAAAACCCAGAGACACCCGGCUGUCCGGAUACCUGUCCCCGCGUCUCUAGGCUCAACCUGCUGGAUGCCUCAAGCUCCCUCAAGCUUCACCAAGGUCAUCCCUCGCUCCCGGGAUCACUGGAGGCCGGUGUCGUUACAUCCGCUUUACAAAAACCACGCCCCCAAUUCCAAGAGGCCGAGUAGCACUGAGAAGAUCCCAUCUACUCUACGUUACCAAGACCGAAAUGACAAAUCCAAGAUGGUGGUUCCCAAGCCCAUGCCGACGCAGCAGUACCUCGUGCACCAAACCGGAUUGCCCACCUUGCCGUACCUGCUGUCCGGUUUCAACCGGCCCGGAGCGGAGGCGCUGGAACAGAUGAAAGCUUUACCCCUUCAACCCGUCCUCCUCCCUCAUCCUGGCAUUCCUCCAUCCCAGACACAUCCCACACAUCCCCUGCAGGGUCCCUUCCCCGGACCAUACGAGGCCGCGUUGCGUCCGUAUCCAUACUCGGUACCGGUCUGGCAUCCACCCUCCGGAUUCAGCAUGGCAACGCUGCAGCCCUAUUAACCCCUGUGACAGGGACUGGACCGUCACCAGUUUGGAGUGGUUAUAAUGUAGCUCACGUUAUGUUAUGUAUUGUAGGAAAUCACACCGACGUCAUGCACAAAAGUUCCUUCUCCUAGUCAGUCUGACAUUUUACUCCUACUAUGUAUAUGAUGACUUGAAUCUCUAGACAAAUAUUUUUUUAUAUGCUGUUUACUUAAAAUAUAGCUUUCCACACCACCUCACUUCAGUCUCCCUCAGUUCAAAGUGAAGUUUAGAAGGUAUAUUUUUCUCUGACGAUGUGAUGGUAAAGUUUUGUUUUUUGUUUUUUCUGAUGCACUGAAUUCUACUAAACUGUACGAAGUAAUAUUAGUAAAACUUAAAAACAACAAACAUCAACAAACAUCCAUUACUUGGCACUACUGACUCGAAUCCUUCCAAUGAAGUAAUGUGUUUGUUAACAUGUACAUUUCUACUGUAUAUAUAUAUAUAUACAUAUAUAUAAUAUUUUUUUUCUAUUAAAAAUAAAUUUGCUGUGUAUAAAAUUC